UCGGGCCAAGACGAAAAUUUGGACCCUCGUGAGGAAGAGCGGAAGGAAAUGAAGGGAAGAAAGUCUAAUGCGGCAAAAUGAAUGUGUCCACCCUCAUUCCUUUGCUCAGUCCCACAAUUGUGUGGAACCAUAAGACAUGUGGUGAGAUUUGAGUGACAAUUCUAGUCCGCGUUAUGAAAGUUCACAAGCGGAGGCAAACCCCUGCGGUGGACCAUGAACUAUUGCGAGAACGUGCCAAAGAUCACAUUCGUCGAAGGGAGUGGGAACAUGCCAUUCGAUGCCUCAACUUCACUCUGGAGGAACCCGACGACAUCCCAAUGGGAGAGGAGUUCAUACCAAAUAAGCAGUCCUUGCUGAUCCGAGGACGGGUCAUGCUGAUCUUAUGUCGUAACAAAGAUGCCUUAAACGACGCAAUGCUGGCCUUCAAAGGCCUUCGAACUUCGGACCCGUUGUACUGCAAGUGCCUCUCUCUGCAAGCGGACUGCUUGUAUCAAAUGGGUCGCUUUGAGCACGCACUCAUGCAUUACCACCGAGGAAACCGACUCAAGGCCGAUUCUGAAGAAUUCCGCCUUGGCAUUCAAAAAGCCACCGAAUCUAUCAAUAAUGCACUGAAAUGCGUGAAAAUAAAGAUGAAGGUGGAUGUAACCAUCGAAGACACGUCAAAAUUAGCUGACCAGCAAACGGUGAGCGCCACUAGUUUUGUUUUCCCGCGUGACUCGGUGAGUUCCAGUCAAACGAAUCGGCUCCAGGGUUCCCAAUCACGGAAUUCGUCAAUCACGCCACCCUGGAGCAAGGAGGAGCCAAAUUUCUGCUCUCCGUCGGCCAGACCGUUCCAAAAAGACAUUGUUGAACUACAGAAAAUAAUCGGACAACUCAAGAAAGGUGGGCGUGGCAAGAUGGGCCAGAAAGUGGAGAAUCUGACCUCAGAGGCGUUGUCUUACGUGAAGGUGAGGAAUUCGUUAUGGGUGAAACAGGACGCCAAACGCGAGAGCAAGAACGAAGAGAGCCUGGAAUUUGAUCGAGACCAUCUUCCAUACCUCUUGGAGGAGUAUUAA